GUUUUUAUUUUUCAUUUAACAACUUCUGUCCCUUCUUGUCCCUGUCCUGUUCUCCAAAAUUUGCAAUUUUUCAAUAUAAAAAAGCCGGUGCCAAUUUUAAAGUCUGGCUUGUGUAGGUAGAUUCCCUAUGUGUUCAUUUUAGAUUAGUGUCACAGGCAAAGCAUAAAAGGCAACAUGAGUUCUUCAAAUCUGCCCGAUAUAGCAGACAAAAGCCUAGUGCAAAAUAUAAAAUUCAACGGACCUCAGGCUGAAUAUGUAACAGCAUUGGUUGGGCAAGUGGUGAACAUCCAAUGUAAUGAAGGAAAGCACAACCAUGGAAGUUCCAAAGUUAAACUUGUAGACAAAACCGAUUAUAAUUGGGAGUUCAAGUACUAUCAUGGACGUCUUGUUGCUGCCCAUGUUAGUGGGAAAAUUUAUGCCUAUGCCAUUAAAGGCAAAGAUGGUGGUCUCAUAAGAAUUGUUCAUCAAGAUUCCAGUAUUAAAAGUGUUUUGAUUAAAAAUCUAAAGGAGGAAAUUAAAGAUUUAUCAUUUGCCUGUUCCACUAAGGAAGUAAUCUUGGGCAGUGUUGACUGUAAAGGAAACCUUUUUGUGUACCAAAUUGAUAAAUUCACUAAGGAAUUAAAUUCCAAACUCUUGCUGCGAGUUAUACGAGAAGAAGAAUCAGUGAGACCCAAAACUAACUUUAGAUUAAGUUGGUGCCCAUUUGUACCAAAUUCUGAUGAAGACUUGGACGGGUCUGAGAAGACGUUUGUUGUGCUCAAUGGCUGGAAAGCUGAAAUUUAUAGCUUAGCAAGACUGACUGCUAAAUAUGGAUCAUUAGGUGUCUUACAGCCUGAUAGUUCCUAUGAGGGCUACACAGAAAUCAAGCAUAAUUCAAAUUUAGUUGAUGCUUCAUUUUCUUCUGAUGCUUGUGCUAUUGCACUAGCCUAUCAGGAUGGAUAUGUCAAAUUUUUCCAGCUUUUCAUGUAUGAUCAUGAUAUUCAAAAAUGUUUACACGAAUGGAUGCCUCAUGAAGGCAAACCUAUAAGUUCCAUCAAUUUUCUUGAUGACAUUAUAGAAUACACAUCACACUGCUGGAAGUUUGCAAUAACUGGAGCCAAUUACAACACCGAAAUUAAAUUAUGGUCUUGCGAAACAUGGACUUGCAUGCAAACAAUCAAUUUUCUUCCAAAUCCAAAUAGUGUUACACCAGAUUUAUACCUAAAUAUCUGCUCUGAUAACAGAGGAAAUUAUCUCAUAGUUUCUGAUGUCAAUAACCGAGGAAUAUAUACUAUAGAGUUACACAAAAAUGAAAAAGAACAACUAGUUAAUGCAUCUCAGUUGGCACACUUUUUAGUUCCUGCACCUUUUUUGAGUUACGUCCCACUAGAAGCCGGUUGCAGGAACGUUCCUUUUUGUUUCAAUAGUAGCACUGAAGAUUUGUAUGACAACGAGGAUGACUUUGAUGAUGAAGCAGAAAUUUGCGUUCAAAGUUUGAAAUUACUAGUAAUACAGCCAAAAAAAUUCCAAGAAUGUAACAUCACUUUUCAACCAGAAGCAUUAAUGCAUGAUGGUUUAGUGGUUACCCAGACAGUUGUUGAAAAAUUAAUUGACAUAAAAAACGGCGAAGCUGAACCACAUGAAGAUGCAGUGAAAAUAAUUCCCGAACUUGACGAUUUACAAAAUUCUGUUACUCUGUUGAUUCAGCAGCAGCAGCAGCAACAUGGUAAUUCAAAAUUGACUUUGAUGACUCCUGAUGAUUUUACUUCUCCUAGUAAAAAUUCAAAAGCCAGCAGUAUCAGAAAUUCCAUUACAAAUGAAAAUAGUCCGCCUGUUGACAAACCCUCCGAGUCUGCUAAUGCAACAGAGUUCCCAAGGUCCCAAAAAGAUAACUUCACUAGUGCCGGAUCAAGCCCCAGCAGGGAAGUUCAAGAAAUAUUAUCUUUAAACAACUCAACCUCUGGAUAUCCUCAAGAAUUUUACAGCGAUUUGGAGAAUCUACAAAUAAAACAAGAAGAAAAGGAAGAAUCACCAGAAAAAGAUUAUUCAGCGGUUAAUGAAAAUAGCAUUAUCUUUCAGGACAAAGUUAAUUGGUCCAAAAUGCCAAAAGAGAACAAUGAUAUUAACAAACAGGAUUUGGAAACUGUGUACCUUCGAAUGAAUAGUUUGGAGACUGCGAUUAAAGAACAGUCAAUACUAAUGCAACAAUUGCACGAAGACAUGAAACAAUUGAAUAAAUCUGCAGUUGCCAAUAGCGUAAGAAAUAGUAUUAAAAAAGAACCAGAUGAUUUAGGUAAGGAAUUGGAUGCUGCCAUGUCAAAACAACACAAGAAAAUAGCUAUAAUGUUGGAUAAUUUGGUACAAUUACAAACCAAUAGUGAUAGAGAAAUCUACGAAAACGUACUCACUGCCAUGAAUCAGCUAGUAACCAAAUCCUUUUCUGAAAAAGUGCCUCAGUUGUUACAACAAGAAAUCAAACAAUCAAUUCUGCCAAGUAUUCAUCAAGCGAUGGAGACUUAUAGGAUACAAAUUGAGGCCCAAUAUCAGCAGAAGUUUGCCAACGUUCAAGCCAUUGUAAUGGAAAAUUUCGAUAAAGCCCUCAGCAAGAAAGCAACUGCAGAUGCCAUUAGUGUACAUGUUGCCAAACAAAUAAUUCCUAAUUUGGAGAAAUCUUAUCGCGAGAUAAUCACCCAAUCAUUGGUGCCAUCGUGGGAAAGAAUUGGAGCCCAAAUAUUCCAUCAAAUCAGCGAUACAUUCACUAAAGGGACUAAAGAAUAUACUGCCUCGGUGGAAAGUUACAUGGAAAGACAGAGAAAAGUGCAAGAUAAAGGAAAAGAAGUGGUGUCACAAAUGCAAAUCGUUUCCGAUAAUUUGAAAGGGAAUAGCGAGAAAAUAAAUGAAAUAGUGACUUCUGAAAUCCAUAAACAUUUUGCAGUGUUUAAAAACAUCCAAGACAAAAUAGUGCACAACAUCAAAGAAACGCUCAGCCAGGAGAUGAAAAUGGGCUUUCAGCGUCACGCUCAAGUUAUCGAAGAAGGGGUUCUCAAUGCUGUAAGCCGCUCUCGGGCCGUAACUCCUGCUCCGCAUGGUGAUACUCAUCAUCAAGCAAUAGCUGCAGUUCAGCAAGCGUUAGCAAAACGAGCCUACGACGAAGCUUUCCAAGUGGCUCUGUCAGCUGAAAAUCUCAGCCUUGUGAUGUUUGUAUGUGAACGAGUCGAUGUCAAUAAUAUUUUUGGGGAGGAAUGUUUGCUGUCACAGAGCGUUUUAUUGGCUUUGAUACAGCAACUGAGCAUGGAACUUCAUAAAAAUCCAGAGAUUAAGCUGUGUUUCAUUCGAGCAGCCUUCCUGGGUUUAUUACCGGACCUGCCUCAAACAAGAAUAUACAUCCCAAGAAUCCUGAAGGAAUUGACAAAGCAAUUAAGCGGAUUUAUGGAUACUAAUCCUCCACUAAAACAAAUGACUGAUGCCAGGCUAUUGAAAAUGGCAGCGGAUAAUAUGUUGAGUCGGACUCGACAGACCGAAUGAUCUGAUAAAAAAUGUCAAUCAUAAAUAAGGCAGUAAUAAUGUUUGAGAAUUUGAUUUUAUUUUUUUUAUAUGAAAGUUUUGAUUUUUGUUUUUUUUUUAUACACUUUGAUUUACGUAGCCCGUGCAUUAGAAGUUGUCCACUUUGCAAGUGGAUUAAUAGACACAGCAUCUAAUACACGGGCUACGUAAAUCACUCUGUAUACAUCUAAAUCCAUUAUUACUGUGCAUUAGUUUUAAGAUGAACAAAGUGAUCUGCAGAACAGUAACAUUGUUAAUUAGUAUUAAGGUUAGUUUUAACCUAAGCAUUUCUCUUUAGUUUUUAUGUUUAACUGUUAAUUUGUUCUGUUAAGACUGUGGUAAUAC